CAGUUGAGUAUGCUGACAUUCUUGUUAAAAGAAGAACUGAGAAAUGCUGCAACUACUUCAUAAUUAACUUGGCAAACUGAAAAAAUGUUUACACAACUUGGUAAGUUGCAGAAAGGUGUCUAGCAUGUUCCAGUAAGUAUGUGGAUGAGAUCCAGUUGUUGGUCACGAGAUGAGGCUCCAUUCACCGAUGAUAAAGGAAGUCUCAUACUCAUGAGCUUAAAAUGCAUUAAUACUCUACCAAAAAGCUUCUUCUCUCAUUGUCUCAUCAAAUAGGCCUAUCACAUGAAUGCCAUAAAUAUGCUCACACAACCAUUUCUAAGAAGGAGAAUAUAAGAAUGCAUGUCCACAACAGCCAUUUUUGUCAGAAAAUUGGUGGUGCUUAAGAUGAAGCGUUUGGUUUUGACAUUGACAUGGAUGUUGUGGCUGAGCCUAUGUGGCAGAUGCAUGUCUCAGGUGCAGCCACGGCUUCCUCCGGGCCAACAGGUGCCAUGCUUCUUCAUAUUUGGUGACUCAUUGGUUGACAAUGGAAACAACAAUGGAAUCCUAACUCUUGCCAGGGCCAACUACAGGCCUUAUGGCAUUGACUUCCCGGGUGGUGCCACUGGUCGCUUCACCAAUGGCAGAACUUAUGUUGAUGCCUUAGCUCAGCUUCUGGGUUUCCCUACAUAUAUUCCUCCACACUCAAGAGCAAGGGGUUUGGAACUUCUAAGAGGAGCUAACUAUGCAUCUGGAGCAGCAGGCAUUAGAGACGAAACAGGGAGUAACCUUGGUGCUCAUACUUCAAUGAAUGACCAAGUCGCAAACUUUGGCAACACAGUGCAGCAGCUGAGAAGGUUCUUCAGAGGAGACAAUGACUCACUUAGUAGCUACCUAAGCAAAUGUCUAUUCUUUUCAGGGAUGGGAAGCAAUGAUUACCUGAAUAACUACUUCAUGCCAGAUUUUUAUUCAACUAGCUCAGAUUUUACUGUUAAAGCUUUUGCAUCUGCCCUUCUUCAAGAUUACUCUCGCCAGCUAUCUCAAUUAUAUUCACUAGGAGCAAGAAAAGUGAUUGUUACAGCAGUUGGUCAAAUUGGCUGCAUACCAUAUCAGUUAGCCCGUUUUCAUGGUAACAGCACCAGAUGCAAUGAAAAAAUCAACAAUGCCAUCUUGCUAUUUAACUCCGGCCUUAAGAAAAUGGUUCAAAACUUCAAUGGAGGGCAGCUUCCAGGAGCAAAGUUUGUGUUCCUUGAUUUUUAUCAAAGCAGUUCAGACUUAUCUUCAAAUGGAGCAUCAUUUGGAUUUGAUGUGAUAGACAAGGGUUGCUGUGGAGUUGGCAAGAACAAUGGACAAAUUACCUGCCUUCCAAUGCAACAACCAUGUGAAAAUCGUGAGAAGUACUUGUUCUGGGAUGCUUUCCACCCCACUGAGCUGGCCAAUAUUUUACUAGCGAAGGCAUCAUACAGUUCACAAUCAUACACUUAUCCCAUUAAUAUUCAACAAUUGGCAACCCAGUAAAAGUUUAGUUUAUGUUGGAUUUUGUCUGUUUGUGUGGUAUUUAUGCAGUGCACAUGAACUCUGCUGAUUGAUCAGUGUUCAUGAUCUUGUGUUGUUGUUGCUUAAACCAUUCGAUUUCCUUUGUACACUUGUUAUUCCAUUGUGUAGGAAUAAUAUUACAUUAACAUAUAUGAAACACCUUUGUGUAAUUCCUUCCUUCUCCAGUAUUUAAUUUGUUUCACUUGUGCUUCAUAUUAGAUUAGUCUUUAGCUAAAAAAUACUGUGUAACUUAAACCAAAAUAUAUGUUGGUUGAAAGGAUUUUAAAGAUUAGAAAAUGAAGGAGUAGAAAUGUGCAUCAUGUCUUGAAAUGUGGAUAUACAGUUUUUUAGGCUUAAUUCACUCUCAGAUCUGUAGAAUAAAAAAUUGUCGAAAUUAAUAUAAGACCAAUAAUAGAAUUAGAGAUGAAAGAAGUUUUUUUAAUGUCGCGGUUCCUCAGUUAGAACUAAGUAUACAGAAAUACUAAUAUAAUAUAUUUAAAAGGUAUUUUUUUUACUAAUAUAACAUGAAUAUGAAAUGAUACAAUAACGUAAAGGUUAAAAAUGGUUUCAUAAAUUGCAGAGAUAUAAUUGUAUAAUAUAAUUAAUUAAAGGAGUUCCUAGAAGUGGCCACGUGGAUGUGUGCAUAAAGAAUGUGGCGUGUGGGUCUCGUCUUUCGAUCACGGCCCAAUUCAAUUCUAACCCACUUCAUGGGGUUUAGGGGAUNGGGGUUUUAUAAAAGCCCACUCCGAGGUGGGUAAAAAAAAAUGAGCUUAUUAUAAAGAAGGUCGAUUAAAAUAAAAAUUGACAGCUCUAUAUUCAGGAAUGGGUAGAAAGAGCGAGAGAGCAAGCAGCAUGAGUGGCGGAGGAGAAGGAGAGAGUCUGGAGUUCACUCCCACGAAGGAAGCGUCGCCGACGCGGAAGAGGUCUCGAAGAAGGGUGGUUGGAGAAUCCUCUCUUGAAGAUUAAAGAAGCAUGAGUGGCGGAGGAGAAGGAGAGAGUCUGGAGUUUACUCCCACNAAGGAAGCGUCGCCGGCGCGGAUGAGGUCUUGAAGAAGCGGGUGGUUGGAGAAUCCUCUCUUGAAG